AUGGCGGCGGCCCCGCUGGCGGCUCCGGGAGGAGGCGGGGCGGCGGCGGCAGCGGCGGGGGGGGCCGGGAGCCGGAGGGGCCGCGGGCCGGCGCUGCGGGAGGGCGCGCGGGUUUCGGCGCUGUGCUUGGCCUGGUACGGGCUGAGCGCCGGCGGGAACGUGGUCAACAAGCUGCUGCUCGGCGGCUUCCCCCGGCCCGUCACCGUCUCGCUCUUCCACAUCCUGGGGCUGUGCGGACUCCUCCCGCCGCUGCUGCGCGCCUGGCGGGUCCCGCCGGCCGGCCCGGCCCAGCUGCCGCCCCGCGCCUACCCGCGCUACAUCCUGCCGCUCGCCUUCGGCAAAUACUUCGCCUCCGUCUCCGCGCACGUCUCGCUCUGGAGGGUCCCGGUCUCGUACGCGCACACGGUAAAAGCGACGAUGCCAAUAUGGGUGGUUCUUCUUUCGCGGAUCAUUAUGAAGGAGAAGCAGACGACGAAGGUGUACUUAUCUCUUAUUCCCAUAAUAACCGGUGUCCUGUUGGCCACGGUCACUGAACUGUCCUUUGACAUGUGGGGACUCAUCAGUGCACUUGCUGCUACUCUGUGUUUUUCACUUCAGAAUAUCUUCUCAAAGAAGGUGUUGCGGGAUUCCCGAAUACAUCAUCUUCGGUUGCUGAACAUCCUGGGGUGCCAUGCUGUGUUCUUCAUGAUCCCAACGUGGGUUUUGGUUGAUCUUUCUUCCUUCCUGGUAGAGAAUGACUUGAGCACAAUGUCUCACUGGCCCUGGACCUUGAUGCUGCUUAUAAUCAGUGGGUUCUGUAACUUCGCCCAGAACGUCAUUGCCUUCAGUAUUCUUAACCUGAUCAGCCCACUGAGUUACUCUGUCGCGAACGCCACCAAAAGAAUCAUGGUGAUCACUGUGUCCCUUAUAAUGCUUCGCAAUCCAGUCACCAGCACCAACGUCCUUGGGAUGAUGACAGCUAUCCUAGGGGUCUUCUUAUACAACAAGACAAAAUAUGAUGCAAACCAAGAAGCAAAGAAGCAGCUCCUUCCAGUCACAACUGCAGACCUUGUGAACUUGGACCGGCACCGCAGCGCUCCGGAGAAGUCUCAGAAUGGACUGACGGCGUUUGCCCCGCAUGGAGACUAUCAGUACGGCCGGGCCGCCGUCCUGGCUGAGCACUGCCAGCACAACCGACAGAGCUGCCCGCCCGCCUACAACUUCAACCGUUUUGAUAUAUAGAAUCCUGACACGCAGGUAGAGACUGUGAUAUUAAAGUGUCCCCAGCAUUAUCAGAAACUUUUAGUACAUCCGUGAAUGUAAAGCCAUUUUAUUGUAAAGUUUUGCAGAAGGGAGGAUGCAUGUGUAGUGAAAGUGGUACAGACCUUCAGCUUCUGCUGAGCAGAUCUUUCAAUGUGAAGCAGCUGGAUUGGACACCGGACCUGAAUGCAGCGUAGCUCUCGUACAGGGAUUCGGAUGAAGUGCAGGUACAACAUUUCAGAGCAAAGCAUCUGCUGUCGCUGCUCCUUUUGGGAGUCUGUCAAUCGGUUACCCUUUUGGCAGCUAAACCCUGGCCAGUACCUCGUUUCCACACUGAUAGUGUCACUUUUAAUUUGUUCUCUACUGUUUUAAGAAUACUUACAUGAAAUUGUCAGGAAAAAAAGGGUGUAAUUAGGCACACAGCUGGUGAUCAGGAUUUGCCCGCUUGGGAGGAUUGUGUUGGUUGUGGAUAAGGAGCCUGGAGUUCAUCUUGAGCCAAUAUGAAACUUCAUGCGGCUGUUAAUUACCUCCAUGCCUCUGCCUUCAGUUUUUGAUGACAAACCAGAAGUAUUUCUGAAAGAACAGACAGUAGAGAUCCCUUCAAGAGAUGCAUUUAAAGCAUAGAGAAACAGUUUUCUCUAAAAUCAUUGUUGUCCCAAACAGUGCAGAUAGCAGAAAUGGAGACUGAGAUCAUCCUUGUUUUCUCAGUAAUGCAGCCCUGUAAACUCAGACAUUUUUCUUCCUUGGCAGUGCAGGAAACCCCUGACAAAUAAAGCAUUUCUAAUAAUGCCUUUUUUUUUUUUUUUGCGUGCUUUACACCUCUUACAAAUCUGUCUUUGGGUCAGGAAUUGAAAGGCUUAAGGUAUUUUUGUCUAAGUUUUAUGCAUAAAUUUUGCUCCCUAAUAUGAUUCACAUUGUAAGAAUGCAUGAACGUGGUUAAUAAUUCUGCAUUGUUUCUCAAAUCCAUCUUUUUGGCCCCUGAUUGCGUUUUUAAGUUUCUUAAUCAGUGAUGCUUGAGCUGCUGUGUGCAUUUCGUCUGACCUCUCCUUUCAGCUGGAAGAAGUGACACGUUGUAUCCUUCUCUGUUCCUGCGACUCCCCGGCUCAAAUAGUAAAUUCAGGAAGGAAAUAUUGAAAUCAGCAGUAAGCAUAGAAUCUGUGGCUCAUAAGAACUGAUUCAGGUGGUAUAAAUGAAGACAAGUGGAUUUCAGUGCAUCAGGCGCCACAUUUGUGCACGGAAGGAAUGAAACCAGUGGAGUUCUGGUUUCACUGAAUCAGAUUAUUAUUAUUAUUAUUAUUAUUACUGUUACUUGAGGGGAAAAAAAAACAGGUUUUAGGGGCCUUCUUUUCUUAACAGAAAAGCUGUUGUGCAGUGAGAUUUUGAUAGCAUAAGUAUUGUGUUUUUACUGGAGAUUGUCGGGUAGCAGUGACAGAACUUACGGUGUGCUGUACAAACACUCCUUCCGUUUAUUUAUUGCUUUAAAAAUGGCCAUUUCCGUGAUGCGAAAUGAUGAUUUGGCUCCUUUCUGGGUAAUAAAGAAUUUAUUUUUAAGGGCAAAGUCAAGCUGAUCUUAUUCUUUUGGCUGACUCUGGAGUUAGUUCUGCAGAUUGCCUUCCAGGAUACAGUCCAAAAGAGGAAAUGGUUCUCCUGAAACUUCAGAGAUGGUUUAAAUAUGCUGCUAAUGUCUGCGGGCAGAACUUCUGGACUUGCCUAGAGUUGGUUCAGCUCCUUCUAGCUUAGAACUUGGGCUUUUAUUCUAUAAAAUGUGAAUAAAUUAUUUCCUAGCCCUGAUUAACAGAUAAGGUUAUGAGGAAAGGCAUGAUUUCAUAGGAAAUUGCUUUGCCUGUUCCAGUAUUAAUUUAUGUAUUAUUAUUUCCUUUUAUACGAUGAAGUGCAAAAUGUGUAUUUUUAGGGCUCACUUCCCAAUAUUUAAGUGCUGUUACAAAAAUAGAGAAAGAAUCGUGUGGACUCUGGAUUUGUGUUAGAUUCUGGCUCUGCACAAUUUCACUUGGUGUGUGAAACAUUUAGGCUGGGAUUUGUAAGGGGGGCUGAAUUGUUCAACCGCUUUCAAAGGGAGCCACCUGGAAGCUGUUCGCCUCCUGCAAAUGCUCAGUUGUGUUCUUUGUGCCUCAGUUUCCCUACUUCGGAGGCAUUGAGAUACCAGCAAGGGGUCGCAGCGGGGCCCAAGGAUGUACAGAUGUGAUGUGAGUUCAUCUGUAAAUUUCCUGGUAUGUCUACUGCUAUAACAGGGUCAUGCAGCUUGAAACUGCAAGUUGGAAUAAAAUUCCAUGUACUGUAUUCACAGAUCAGAGAUUUCAUUGCAUACAUUUUGAAGGCUUGCUUUGCUGAAGAAUAUAACCAGAUCUGUUCUGCAGCUCUUGACGCGAAGCUUUCGUGCAUGCUCACUGUGGCAGGUCUUUAGCUCAGCUUUUUCUAUCAAGAGCAUGGCAGCAGGUGGGAGCUUCCUGCUGAAAAUAACGACAAUUCCAAGUUGCAGUCUGUGCGUGUGCCCUCAGCACGUGUCUGAAACAAAAUUACUGCACUCACAGAGUAGAAAGAGACCCAAAAUGGGGCCCAGCGUGUGAAUCUCUGGGCUUUUUCUCUGCAGCCUGCUCCACAGUGUUUGCACCCUUCUAGUUCAGUUCUGUGGUCAACAGGAACAAUUUGCAUGGGGUACAAUGGGUGAUUAAAACGAGCGAGUGGCUCAUUUGCAAGAGGUGGUUUUUCAGAGUGACCGAAUCCAAGUCCUUGGGCAAUAUUGCCCACGUUCUGAUAAAGAGGUUUCUGAUACUGUUGUAUAUGUAUUUCAAUCUUGGACUGCUGCAAGAUUUUGUUUGGCAAGGUGAAACAUUUGUUUUAACAUGGUUUGUAAAUUAAUGACGUAUUUAACUGUGUACAUAGGUCUGUAGAAAGUGUGGAAACUGGAAUAAAAAGGGCAUAUGGAGACCAUCGUGUAUAAUGACCCAGUUCUUAAAGCAAAGAAGAUUGCUUUGGUUUUCUUACUUAGGUGAAACUUUGGGAGUGCAGUAUGUGAGUAGUAGUGGUCACCUGUGAGAAAUCAGAUUGUUCUGCUCAAAGGGAGGGAUACCUGGCUGGCUGUUUGCAUAGGCAGAAGCUAGCAUGAUCUGGGUGCUGUAAUCAGUGUCAGCAUGUGAGCCACUGUAGCCUUAGACAUCUUACUGGGUUUUGUGUUGAUAGCUCCUCAGAACAUGUGGUGCUCUGAAGAUCUGAAAGCGUUCUGCUUUCUGAUUGCAUUUUAGUGCCAGGUAGUGGUUAGAGCAUCUUUAUCAGCUGGGAAAAUGCCUGGGUUUGUUCAUUUGUUUUUUUGUUUUUAAAUUACCUGAACGUUAAAUGAAAUCCAGGCAAUACAUAGGCUUUGUAGGAGCACAGUGAAAAUAACUGUUGGUAAUUUGGGGUCAAUUCAUGAUAAUUCUGAAGCUCAGUGCUUUUCUAAUAUGCGUUCAAAGCCACAUUUUUCUGAUGUAGCAUUUUGCAGCAGAAGGGAGUUCUGCCAUGUAGCCGUUUGUGAAACCAUUGCAAUAUAAAUACAGGGAAAGUUUUGUUUUUCUAAGGCUUCCAUUUCUGAAUCAUGCUGUAAGCUGUCAAAAAUAACUAUCGGGUAACUUUGUAGUAAUGGCACAAGAUGAUAAAACUAAUUGAUCCUGAGAUCAUGGGUGUAUGAUACAACUGUGAUACAUAGCUACAGAAGUGCAGAUACACAGGUGGCAGUCACCAGAUGUCUUUGUUUUGUGUCAGUGCUCCAUACUUUGACGUGAGUAUGGGUGCUUUUACCAAAAAAAGUUCCUAAAUCCUUGCAGUAUGAAAUGUGGCACUUCAGCGAAUGCACAGUUUUGUAUUGUUUUCCUCUUCUCAUUUUAACUCUGCUGUUCUGUGAAGCUCUGGAUGGUACCUGGUUGGAUUGCCUGUGCUGCUGCCCUCCGGCCUGUGGAUAUCGCAGCUGCGAAGACCCCUGUGUGGGACUGUGGGAAGAUCGCACAUCAGUGGCUCUCAGGGACAGUGACACUUCAUAACCUACAAUAAACCAGAUGUCGAGAUGCUUUUUGACUGACUGUCAGGUAACCUGAAGCGACUGCCUGAGCUCCGAUGUGCAGAGCUGAUAACGUUUUUGCUGGGCUGGAAGCAGCAGUAGGGAUUGUGAACGAGAUUUUUAAAUAUGAGCUAAGACAGAACUUCAUCCGAUUUCUGGGAUCAGUGUUUGUCUCCAGGACUGCAGGUAGAAUCACAGGCAGUCUUUGUGUCUGACAUUCUUUGUAUCAUUUGGAUACAUGAAAACAUCCAUCUUCUGAGUUUUUAUAUUCAGUAGCUAAUACAGUGGGGCUUCAUGGAAUGUCUUGUUAAGAAUAAAAAGUUCUGCCUUUCUGUGA